GGAGAGCGUGGAAGCAGAGGCCCAGAACCGGAACAUAAACCGCUGGCCAUACAGAAACUGAAACCGAAAACAAGCUCUGCGAUCUCGUGUAUUGGGGAGCAGGGGUAUUUUUAUGUGGAACUCGGCGGUGCACGAACUGAAAGCUCAGCAAAGACCCAGAGAGCGAGGAAAAUGUGCGCCAGCGCUGACCGUGGAAACUUGAUACGCGCCCAGGUGUAGGCCAAGAGAAGACCACAUGCUCCUCCGCCAGCAGCUGCCUCUGCCACGUUCAAAAUAGAAAGUGCUGUUCGGCGGCUGCCAAAGAUGAAACGAGCCGCCGCAGUAUGAGCGAAUCGGAGCCGAAUAGCCUGGAGUUCAUUGAGGACUCCUAUCUGCCGGGCAUCGAUGAUCUCACCACCUUUACCCCUUCACUGGAUCCGGAUCCGGCGCUCAGCGAUGCCGAUGAUACCUUAGAUUGGUACGGCGAUGCGCCCGAGGAUAGUGAAGCGGAGCUAUAUCUGCGUAACCUAACGCUGGAUCAAAUCUUUUACGAUGUGGACUCGGACUACACCAACAGCCUGGAGUUGCAGGCCGUGGAAACGGAGUUUAUUGGCGCUAAGCUAGCCAACCAGGCACCCACCGCGUCGAUGGCCAAGCGCUUCCGCCUGAAGUUCUUCGCCAAGCGAACCAUGCGCGACCUUAAGGUCACGUUUAUAGACUUCUCCAAGCCGUAUCUGGCCAAAAUAUCAAACAGUGAUAACUACAAGAGAUUCCUCAAUAUAGCCCAACGUAGCAAAGGUACCAAGAUAGAUAAUACAGCCAACCUGUCGGAGCCCACAUCUCCAGCCGCUUCUGUGGCCUCCGCGGAAAUUGCCGCCGAGUUUGCUGCGCUGUCCGUAGAGGAGAAGGAACAGCGGCGUGCCGAGUGGAGUCAGGAGCUGGCCCGCGUUGAGGAAGAGAUCAACACGCUGCGCACAGUUCUCGCCUCGAAGACGCGCCAUGCGUCCGAUCUCAAGCGCAAGCUGGGCAUCACCGUCUGGAAGGAGGUGACGGAUGACAUGAAUCAGGGACUGAAGAACAUAAAAGAGAGUACCGUUUACCAAUCGGUGGAGCAGAGCGUGGAGAGUUUUACUAAAGCCGUGCACGAGGCACCCCUGUACCAGCGCACUGAGUCGGUGCUGAAGUCGACGGGAGAGAAGACCGCCUCGGUGUUUGGCAGCAUCACCAGUGGCAUUUCGUCGAAAUUGUCGCAAAUGAAAAACUCCGAAUCGAUGCGUUCUAUUGAGGCUUCGGUGGGCUCUGCCUACGAGAACGUUAAAGUAAGCUAUGAACACAACAAUUUUAUGUGCCAAUCUCAUGCGACCAAGGUGACAUCGCGUUCGGGUUCGGUAUCCAGUUUCCCGGACGCUCUGGACGAGAACAACACAUCUUCGGGCCUGAACUCACCCACAGACUCACUCACUAAGUAGAGGUUCCUGCAGAUGGGAAUCCUAUAACUAAGCGUCGAAGAGUUGAAAAUCGAAAAAAAAUUAUUCUACACAGUACACUAAAGACCCCAAAACCACACACAAAACACACACUCUACUAACUUAUUAAGCUAACUGCGAAUUGUCGUGUAUGCACACUAACACCAGGAUCAGAAUUAAUUCUAAAGAUCAUCAUGUACGUGUGUGGUAUAUACAUACAUAUAUCUGGAAAUAAGUAUAAACCUGUGCAACAUAUAUUGGCAUGAUGGGAGCACAUAAUAGGUUCGAACUGCAUGGAUUGUUUUCUGAACUUCAAGCCAAAUUCAUAUAUUUAUAUAUCAGCCUAAUGUGUAUUUGUAAAAACUAAAUAAUUAUAUUUGGAUGCCGUCAUUCCCAGGGUCUUUUUUUCCAAUACUUUAGUUAAAGUUUUUAGCGGAUAAAAUAUAUGUAUAUUUUAUUUCUUCUCUAGGCUUUGAGUCACGUGGUUAGAUGGCGAUCCCAUUGAGAAGCAAAUUUCCAAAAUUUCAAAUGAUCCUAUAUAUAUUCGAAAUGCGAUUCAGAGCUUGUGAGCAAAAAUAACAAAUUAACGAAAAUCCAUUGGUAUUUUUAAGAAAAGCGGGUACAACCCGUACUGCUAAAGAAAUGGAAAACAUGUAAAUCGCACCCAAUUUGUUGCUAUAUAAUGCUGAUCUAAGAUUUGCUAUAUGUGUAUAUGAAAAACUUUGAAUAAAUGCAAUUUUUUGCCCCUGUAAAAGAGAA